CAAACCCUAGUCAUCGUUAACACCUCGUUUAAAACCCAACAUAAAGACACUUUUAUGAUUCUCUUCCUCAUUUUUUCCGCAUAAUAAUCACUUAUUCAUUCAUUCAUUUUACUUUCCCUCUUCUUCCAAACGACCCACUACCGCCGCCGCCCUUUCCCCCACCCUUCCUUCACCGGACAUCCACCGUCGGAGUUUCUUAACCUAAAAUGGACGUCGAUAACGGUUCAAACAAAGUUAUCCCCGACAACACGAGCAUGGAAACAGAAUCCACUGACUCUCAAGCGAAAGACAAACAAAAAGAGGAGCUUGCUGAGUCAAUGCAGAAUUUGGGCAUUCAAGGAUCACCUAACUUCAAGAAAAAACCUGUCAUCAUUAUAGUUGUAGGAAUGGCUGGGAGUGGGAAAACAACACUUCUUCAUAGGUUGGUUGCCCAUACCCAGAUGUCAAACAUCAGGGGUUAUGUGAUGAAUCUUGACCCGGCGGUCUUGACACUCCCCUAUGGUGCUAACAUUGACAUAAGAGACACCGUUAAGUACAAAGAAGUCAUGAAGCAGUUCAACCUUGGACCUAAUGGUGGAAUUUUGACUUCUCUUAACUUGUUUGCUACCAAGUUCGAUGAGGUGAUUUCUGUUAUUGAGAAACGAGCAGAUCAACUUGACUAUGUUCUUGUGGACACCCCUGGUCAGAUCGAGAUAUUCACCUGGUCUGCUUCUGGUGCUAUCAUCACAGAAGCUUUUGCCUCGACAUUUCCCACUGUAGUCACCUAUGUAGUUGAUACACCUCGUGCAGAAAAUCCCACCACUUUUAUGAGUAACAUGCUUUAUGCUGUCAGUAUCCUCUAUAAGACAAGGUUACCUCUCAUCUUGGCAUUCAACAAGGUCGAUGUAGCAAAACAUGAGUUUGCCUUGGAGUGGAUGAAAGAUUUUGAGGCAUUCCAAGCAGCAUCAAGUGCAGAUCAUUCGUACACCUCAAAUUUAACUCAGAGCCUUUCUUUAGCACUGGAUGACUUUUACAGUAAUUUAAGAUCAGCUGGAGUUUCUGCAGUUACUGGUGCAGGAAUUGAAGCCUUCUUCAAAGCUGUUGAUGCAAGUGCAGAGGAAUACAUGGAAACCUACAAGGCUGAUCUUGAUAAAAGACGUGAAGAGAAACUACGAUUGGAGGAGAAUCGCAGGAAGGAGAACAUGGAUAAACUGAGGAGGGAGAUGGAGAAAUCUGGAGGAGAAACUGUAGUCUUGAGCACUGGUUUGAAAGACAAAGUGGAGAAUGGAGAUGAAGAGGAUGAGGAAAUGGAUGAUGAGGAUGAUGAUAUUGAUUUGGGGAUAUAUACUGAAGAUGAGGAUGCUAUAGAUGAGGAUGACGAAGAUGAAGAGGUUGAUAAGUUUUCCUUCUGAUGUGAAUUUAUGAACAUUUGGAUUGCAUCGGAACUAGCUCUUGUAUAGGACCUUGACUUCAUUUGGUACAUGCAUACAACCUUCAUAGUUUGACUACCAAUUAAUUGCCCAGUUUAUUUCAUACAUUCUAUCAGGCAUUAUUCUCUCUAUAGGUUCUUUUCCUUGAUGAUACUAAUACUAGUAAUUGCCAAGUUAACUAUGCUUGAUUUUUGUGCAAAUUGAGGACUAAUGAUUGUUAUGAUGAUCUGUGACCUGU